AUGAUCAGUCUGGGAGAUCUGCACGAGGCGGGCAUCAUGCGAAACCUGCUCAUACGCUACAAGGAGCACCUCAUCUACACGUACACCGGCUCCAUCCUGGUGGCGGUGAAUCCCUAUCAGAUCCUGCCCAUCUACACUGCUGAGCAGAUUCAGCUGUACAGAUCGCGUAAGAUCGGAGAACUGCCACCGCACAUCUUCGCGAUCUCGGACAACGCCUACGCGAACAUGAAACGCUACGGAGACCAGUGCGUCAUCAUCAGGUACGAUUCAGCGUUUGGCAACGCCAAAACCAUUCGCAAUGACAACUCUAGUCGCUUUGGUAAGUACAUCGACAUCCACUUCAACAAGCAGGGCAUCAUCGAGGGAGCGAAGAUAGAACAGUACCUACUGGAGAAAGUCUCGCAUUGUCAGCCAGGUCAGUUGUCAUGGGGCGAUUGUGGACUGAAUAAGUAG